UACUAGGCAAGAAUUGCAAAGCUAUCAACACUACUAUUUUGAAUCCCCACGUUCACUUGCUGGGAGAAGAUGCAGCAUGCAUUGCCUACGUUCGUCUUACACAGUACAUUGACAAACAAGGACAUGCGCAUACGCACCAAUCAGAGGAAACGCGUGUGUGGCAUAAGCGAGAUAACAAGUGGCAAAAUGUACACUUUCAUCGCAGCGCAUCGGGAAAGAUUAGCGGUGCAACGACUUUCGAUUUUAUCCAACAGCAAAAGUAGAACGAUCAAUAACGCAUAAAACCGACGACAGGGUGCAUACCAUUAACGGAUGAAAUAGAUUUGAAAUUAUAUGAAAUGGAAGUAGCUAAAGCUCUAGCUCAAUAACACCAACAAUGUCAACAAUAACAAAAAAAAGGACAUCAACACAGCAGAACCACUUUACCAAUCAAUAUACAGAACAGCAACAAAAGCGAAACGAAAAUUUAAUAGCCCGUUUAUUUGCAACAAUAUUUACUACCAGCUAGUCAAGAUUGUGUCAACGAAGCUGCGUGCACGUUAGUGAUUUUGGCGGGGCUACGGGCUACGGGGUAAGGUGCAUGAGUAGCCACGGAGUAUGAAUGUUCUGAUAUGUACCGCAACAGCAGUGAAAACAUAUUGUACAACUACAAUAGGAAUGGAAUGUUGAAUUUGUAUGUAUUUAAUUAUCUAUUGUGCAACCCAAUAACAGCAAGUCAAAAAACUUGGUGUGAACAGGAUUUCCUUCAUUUCUAAUAAAUAGCUUAUUAAAUAACUAAAUUAAAAUUAUGGCGCGGUCUGGUACAACCGAGCAAGGUCAAAGAGCGUGUUAAUGAGAAUUUUUGAAAAUUAUGUGAAUUACAGGAAAAUACUAAGAAAGGAAGUUAGAGAAUGGACAAAAAUAUGUUUAUGUAAGAAAAUAGCAAAUAAACUGAAGCAUGCGGAAAUGAACAGAAGCAUGUUGAAGAAUUAUAAUUUAAUGAUUAAGUAUAAAGGAAGUGCAUGUAGAGUUCAUGUUGUGCGCAAAUUAUUGUAAGCCUUUUUCAAAUUUCUAUUGUUUAAGAAAAAGAGAAAAAAAGAAGAAAAGAGUUAAGGCUUUUAUGUAACUAUUUAAGUAUUUAUUGAUAUUUGAAAAAAAAACACACUUAUAGCUAAAUAUACCUAGCGCCCUGCUAUUUCUAGUAUUGGGUUUCAUUUGUACUUUUUACUUGUCUACUACAUAUAUCAAAUUCAGCCUGAAUCGUACUGAACGGAUUAAAAGUAAAGUAAAGCACUCAAAUUAAAAAAAUCACGCUAUUUGCUGUGCCUCGUAUAAAACAGUAAAAUCGGAAACAGAAAAAUAAUAUAGGAACUUUUGAAUGAUAAAUUUCCUAAGCAGCACAACUUACAUAUUUCAGAUUUACAAAAAAUCAAUAAAUAACAAAAUAAAAAUAAUGAUAAUUAUCCUGAAAACAAAAAUAUAACAAACAAGUACAUAAUAAAAAUUGUAGCCUACAAAUGCAGCACGCCACCUAGCGCUAGGGAAAUACAUUUUUCUUGUUGCAUAUUUUUAUAAUACUUGUACUUAAUUCAUGUAUCUAAUAUGUGCCGUUCUCAAAAUUCAUAAAUAUUGUACGGAAUUCAGGAAACUAAGCAAACACAAAAUAAAACAAGUAAUAUAUUCGAUGUAUUUAUAAUGAAUUGUAAUUACUACUUGCAUUGAAUAUAAUAAAACAAUAAAAAUUAAAAAA